AUGGAAGUCCUCAAAUUCCAGGCACUCGUCUUCGACAAGCUCAACGAAGAAGACCUCUACAGCGGCAUCAGCCUAGGCUCCACCCCCCUCCUCCUCAAACUCCUCAAACUCCCCCUCUCCAACCCCUCCCAAGUCGCCGUCCUCUCCUGGCGCUGGGAUGGCGACCUCGCCACCCGCGGCUCCAAAAACAUCGCCCGAGUCAUCCAAUCAGCCAAAAGACUAAACAUCCAAUACCUCUUCCUCGACAUCAUCUCCAUCGACCAAACCCUCUCCAGAGAAGCCCUCAUCCAACAAGUGGUCUCCUUCUCCUCCCUCUACAAAACCAUCCUAGUGAUUGCUGUCUACCGAGGCCAGGGCGCUUUUAUACACGUUAAUAUCUACCGCCCUUGGAUCUUGCAUGAGAUACAACUGUGCAGGUAUAAUCCUACUAGGAUUAUUCCUUGA